AUGGCAUCUGAUGCAAAAGCAGCUGGUAGUAUGGUGACAAAAGAAAUCGAAUCUCGACUUAAAGAAACACCUGAACAUUUGUUUGAAGUUUUUCUUGAGAUUCGUGAACCAGUUGAUAAUGAAAAACCGAAAGUCUUAAUAAAAUAUCCAAAUGAUUUUUCUGAUGAUGGUCUUCAAAAUGUAACAAAUUUUGCUUAUCCAUGCAAAACACCAUUAGAUGAACAAAGUGAACAUUUUGCAUUUGUCAUACUUGAUACAACCGGUACUCUAUUUCGUUUUGGUUAUUGUCGACGAUCGAAUCGUGAAUCUACAUGUUUAUGUAUUAUCAGUUUUUAUCCAUGGUUUGAAAUAUUCUAUAAUAUUUUAAAUGAUUUAUCUCAAAUAAUUAAUUCAAAAUCAUUAAAGGAUUCUUCUCAGUCAUCGAUUUUAACUGCCGAUAUGGAACAAUUCUUAUCAUCAUUAUAUAAUUAUAAAUUAAUGUCAAAUGAGGAAUUUUAUAAAAAUGAAGGAAAAGAAAUUAUUGAAAUAAAUACUCUUUCGAAAAGUUAUACGUAUACUCGAUCUGAUCCGCGAAAACUGCCUUCAAUGUUAUCUAGUCGUAAUUUCACUGUUAUGGUUUCACGAUUGGGUCCAGAAAUAAUGUUACGUCUUUUUUCACAUUUACUUUUCGAACGACGUCUUCUUUUUGUUUCAUCGAAACUUUUCCAUUUAACUGCAUGUGCAUAUGGAUGUUCACAUUUAAUUUAUCCAAUGCAUUGGCAAAGUAUAUUUUUACCAAUACUUCCUUCAUCAAUGACAUGGACUGCACAAUGUACUGCACCAUAUAUAAUUGGUAUGCAUUCAAGUGUAUUUUCAACAUUAAAUAUGGAUGAAUUAGGUGAUGUUGUAAUUGUUAAAAUUGAUGAACGAAAAAUUGAAUCACAAUAUGAUGAUCUUAAUAAUUUUCCUAAACAUUUAAUUCGAAGUAUGAAAAAAGGUAUUCAACAAUCAUCACAAUUAGCUGGAGAUCAUUUAGCAAGAAUUUUUCUUCGAGCUAUGGCAUUUUCUGUUGGUAAUUAUGCAAAUGGUUUUAUAAUUAAAAAUGAUAAAUCAGAUUUUGAUCGAGAUCGUUAUCUUGAACCAUAUCUUGGAUCUCAUGUACAUUCAUUUAUGUCUGCUGUUGCUCAUACACAAAUGUUUGAACAAUUUUCACGAUAUCGAACUUAUGCACAACUUCAACGUGAAACUGAUGUCGAUGAAUUUGAUCUUGAAGUUAAGAAUUUACAAAAACUUCAACAAUCAAAAAAAUUCAAAACAAAUAAAAAAAUUUAUAAACUAUUAGAAAAAUAUGUAAAAGAUGGCACAAUAAUAGACAGUAAUAUUAAUAUACAAAAAGUUGAUACAAAAGCAAAAAAGCGAAAAUCACUUAUCGAUACAAGAGAUGAAAGAAAUAAGGCAGCAAAUCCAUUAAUUGAACAAGUUCAAAAUAAAAGUGAAAAAUUUCAAACAGCUAUUAAUAAAGCUGGACAACGUGUUGCUAGUGAAGCAUCAUCAGUAAGAAAUAAUUUAACAUCAUUCGAUCUUAAUGAUGUUAUUAAACGAGUAAAUACUUCUAAAAUUCGUGAUCCUAUUGCAUUAAAUUAUGCUCGUGAAAUAAAAUCAAUUCAUCAAUCAAGUUCACCUGAUUUACUCAAUGAAAAAUCUAUUCCUUAUGGACAAAUGCGUUCAAAAGAAGAUAUUUUCUCUUCGGAACCACGAUUAAUUAAUCAAGAUCAAAUAUCAUCUUCAUCAUCGUCAUCAUCACCUUCAUCAACACCUGAACUUGAACGACAUAGAAGUAAUCCAUUAAUAAAUUUAGAGAUUGAUGAUAAUGAUAAUCCAUUAUUACCAUCUCCUAUUACUCUAAAUGUAAUUAAUACUUCUGUAACAUCACCAAUUCAACGUCAAACUCCUCAAAUUGAUUCAAAAAUCAAACAAUUACAAGAUGAACUUCAAUAUAAAGUUCAAACAUUUGAUAAUAAACGUAUUGAUCCUCGUAAUGAAUAUGGACAACAACAACAACAAAAAGAAAUAAAAAAACUUGUUGAACAAUUUGAUCCACUUGAUGAUUCAAAUAAAAUAAAAACAAAUUCAAAUGAAUAUUUUUCUACAAUACCUAUUCAUUUUCGUUCGGAUGAUAAAUUAUCAUCAAAUACAUCUGAUCGUCAUCGAUCUAUUUAUGAAACAAUACCAACAAAUUAUGUUAAUAAUGUUUUACAAAAUAUACAAACAAUAUAUGGUACAACAAGUCGAUCAAAUUUACGAUCAACAUAUUCUAUACAAUCAAAAUCACAAGAAAAUAAUUUUAAUCAUUUUUCUCCAAUGUCAACUGCACCUGCUAAUUUAUUUCCAACAAAAACAUAUAAAAAUAUAACAGAUGAUGCAUCAUUAAGUUUUGAUCCAUUAGCACCAUCAAAAGAGAAAAUUUUAUAUCCAAAUAUUCCAUCAUCAUCAUCAUCAGCAGCAGCAGCAGCAGCAUCAGCAGCAUCACAGACAAAUGAAUCAAAUUUAAUUGAUUUUAAUUAA